AUGUAUGAAAAGCCAGCGGAGAUAGUGGGAACUCCCCAUCCGAGAUCCGCCGAACGCUAUUGCGCUUUCCAUGAGUCAAAGGGGCAUAGCACAGAGACUUGUAGAUCCUUGCGAGCCUUAAUCGAGAAAUUCAUCCGGAAUGGGAAGCUAGUCCGUUUCCUGGCAAGUCAGUGGGGCCCACCUGGUUUUAACCAAAACCCCCAGCCUGAAGAGCGAAGGAACCAACCCCAGAGGUAUCGGGAAGAACCUAGGGAAAGGAUGGAGCGACCUCGAGAUCGUGAUAGGGAGCCUAACAACAGACCAAUCGACCGGGACAAACGAGAGAGAAGCAGGAGUCAAGCGCGACUACCUGGUCGGGAAAACCUUCUCGAAAUUCAUACAAUAUCCGGCAGUUUUGGGGGAGGUGGUGAUUCGAAUGCGGCUCGGAAAGCGUAUGCGAGGCACCUAAAAGAGUUUGAAAUAUACUCGAUCCAGAGACCGCCGAAAAUGAGGAAGUACGAGGACUUACUUAUCGGCUUCUCAAAUGAAGAUUUUGUUGGGGUCUCACUCCCCCACUCGGAUGCUUUAGUGGUGACUUUAGCAAUUGCCAAUCAUAAGAUACACAGAGUUCUUGUUGACACUGGGAGUUCCGCCGACAUAAUAUAUAAGUCGGCAUUCGAGUUGAUGAGCAUAGAUCAAGGGAAGCUGGUCCCGACAAGGGGUCCUCUGAUCAGCUUUUCCGGAGAGUAA